AAAAAUUCCCCCUCCCUGACCUCGUCCCUUUUGGUAUUGUUACUGCUGGUUUCCCUUUAGCUGGAAUCUGGCUGCUGAGCACGGAGGGGAAUGAAUGACAUCAGAGGCGAGGGAGGUGUGGGGGGUGCCCCAUUCCCUAAUUGGCUACCAAGCAAAAACCAUAGCCCUAUAAAACUUGCCAAGGGACUGGCAUCCUCCAAUGAGGCAGUGGCUCCACACAUUACCCUCACUGCAGAGAAGGGACCACAGACCUGCCACCUUACUCACUCCUGCACAGAACAGCAGCAGCAAGCAUACAAACCAUCAGGACAUACAUUAGCUAAAGACCCUGCAGCAACCUGAGCCCAGCAUGACUUCUGCCAGGAGCCUGCAUGUGAACACGCCCCUGCGGGACAGUGUCCCACUCUCCAAGGUGGCUGGCACCAGUGUCUACCUGAAGCUGGACAAUGCUCAGCCCACAGGUUCCUUUAAGAUCCGGGGCAUUGGUCACCUCUGUAAAACGUGGGCAGAGAGAGGCUGUGAGCGCUUCGUUUGCUCCUCAGGUGGCAAUGCUGGCCUGGCAGCUGCCUACUCUGCCAGGAAACUGGGUAUCCCAGCCACAAUCCUCGUGCCCACGUCCACGCCAGCUUUCACCAUUGAGCGGCUGAAGGACGAGGGGGCCACCGUCUGCAUUGUGGGAGAGAUGCUGGACGAGGCCAUAGAACAAGCCAAGGAGCUGGUGAAGAACAACCCCGGCUGGGUCUAUGUGCCCCCUUUCGAUGACCCUCUCAUCUGGGAAGGCCACACAUCCAUAGUGAAGGAACUGAAGCAAAACUUGGACACCAAGCCGGGGGCGCUGGCUCUGUCCGUGGGUGGUGGUGGGAUGCUGUGUGGAGUGGUCCAAGGCCUCCGUGAGGUGGGCUGGGAGGAUGUGCCUAUCAUUGCCAUGGAGACCAAAGGGGCGCACAGCCUGAAUGCUGCCAUGGCUGCUGGGCAGCUGGUGACCCUGCCAGAGAUCACCAGCGUGGCAAAGACCCUCGGGGCGAAGACAGUGGGAGUUGAGACACUGAAGCUGGCCCAAGAGCACCCUGUCUUCUCAGAGGUUGUCACAGACCAGGAGGCAGUGUUGGCCAUUGAAAAGUUUGUGGGUAUGUAAUAGCCCCCUCCCUGCACACUCAGACAAUGACUUGCCAAGGGACGAUCAUUCUUCCAGAGCAUUGCUGUCCC